CCCAGCCCAGCCCCCACCUUUUCCCCACCCCCACCCACCCCACCCGCUGGAAAUACAAGCCCAGCCUCGGCGCGCCAUGUGUGGUAACACGCUCGGCCGCUGCCACGCUAUUUAAGCUCGGGCUAUGGAUCCAGGAACCGGCACGAAUCAAUGAGAUCAAACGCGGAGGGGAUGCAUCGUCAAAUACAAGCACUUGGACAAGUCUAACUUUUUUUUUUUCCUUUUUCUUUCUUCUUCUUCUUCUUAAUUUUUUUUUAACAAAUGCGCUUUCAAAAGCAACCUUAGCAACGCCCAAAAUAAGAAGCCACCUCUAAGCAAACUAGCAUAUGUAUAAAGGGAGGGUGAAUAUAUUAAUAAUAAGUAUAUAUAUGUAUAUUACAGUUGCACAGGUUUACACGAGGUGAACUUUUUCGAUGUGUUUUUUAAACUAGUGACAUCACAGAGAAGGACUCUCUCUCUCUUUUCGCGCCUUCGUGAAGGGGGUAUUCUCUUUUCUUGGAGAGCCCAAGGGGGCGCAGGCAGGGACCUCGGCAAAGAAGAGUGGGGAGGAAAAAGGAAGGGUGGGUGGGGGGCCGAGGGCGAGCGCCUUCUCGCAGCAGCAUGCGGUCCACGCCGGGGCUCGCUCUCUCCGCGUGCGUGCUGCUGGGCUGGGCGUUGCUGGCCGGCGGCACGGGUGGCGGUGGCGGCGGCGGCGGGGGCACGGGCCCCGGCGGCGGGCGCCGGGAGCGAGAGGCGCUGCUGCCUCAGAAGAUCGACGUGCUGGUGCUCUUGCCCCGGGACGACUCGUACUUGUUCUCCCUGGCCCGGGUGCGGCCGGCCAUCGAGUAUGCGCUGCGCAGCGUGGAGGGCAACGGCACCGGGAGGCGGCUCCUGCCGCCGGGCACUCGCUUCCAGGUGGCCUACGAGGACUCGGACUGCGGCAACCGCGCGCUCUUCAGCCUGGUGGACCGCGUGGCGGCGGCGCGGGGCACCAAGCCCGACCUGAUCCUGGGACCCGUGUGCGAGUACGCGGCGGCGCCCGUGGCCCGGCUGGCGUCGCACUGGGACUUGCCCAUGCUGUCGGCGGGCGCCCUGGCCGCCGGCUUCCAGCACAAGGACACGGAGUACUCGCACCUCACGCGCGUGGCGCCCGCCUACUCCAAGAUGGGCGAGAUGAUGCUCGCGCUGUUCCGCCACCACCACUGGAGCCGCGCCGCGCUGCUCUACAGCGACGACAAGCUGGAGCGCAACUGCUACUUCACCCUCGAGGGGGUCCACGAGGUCUUCCAAGAGGAGGGCUUGCACACGUCUGCCUACAACUUCGACGAGACCACGGACUUGGACCUGGACGACAUUGUGCGCUACAUCCAGGCCAGUGAGCGAGUGGUGAUCAUGUGUGCCAGUGGUGACACCAUCCGGAGCAUCAUGCUGGCAGCUCACAGACAUGGUAUGACCAGUGGAGACUACGCCUUCUUCAACAUCGAACUCUUCAACAGUUCGUCCUAUGGAGAUGGCUCAUGGAAGAGAGGAGACAAACACGACUUUGAAGCUAAGCAAGCGUACUCAUCCCUCCAAACAGUCACCCUACUGAGGACCGUGAAACCUGAGUUUGAGAAGUUUUCCAUGGAGGUGAAAAGUUCUGUUGAGAAACAAGGACUCAAUGAGGAGGAUUACGCUAACAUGUUCGUUGAAGGAUUCCAUGACGCUAUCCUCCUCUACGUCUUGGCUUUACGUGAAGUACUCAGAGCUGGUUACAGCAAGAAGGAUGGAGGGAAAAUUAUCCAGCAGACCUGGAAUAGGACAUUUGAAGGGAUUGCUGGGCAGGUGUCCAUCGAUGCCAAUGGGGACCGGUAUGGGGACUUUUCUGUGAUUGCCAUGACUGACACAGAAGCAGGGACCCAGGAGGUUAUUGGCGAUUACUUUGGGAAAGAAGGUCGUUUUGAAAUGCGGCCAAAUGUGAAAUAUCCGUGGGGCCCUUUGAAACUGCGAAUCGAUGAAAGCCGGGUUGUGGAGCACAGCAGCAGCAAUCCAUGCAAAUCAUCAGGUGGCCUAGAAGAAUCAGCCGUGACAGGGAUUGUCGUGGGGGCCUUACUAGGAGCUGGCUUGCUAAUGGCCUUCUACUUUUUCAGGAAGAAAUACAGAAUAACCAUUGAGCGGAGAAACCAACAAGAAGAAAGUAACAUUGGAAAACAUCGAGAGUUGCGGGAAGAUUCCAUCAGAUCCCAUUUUUCGGUGGCUUAAAAGAUGCCUUCUUUUUUGUUUUUCCUGCUUGAGAUUCCUCAAGGAGAUAGAUGGGAUGAAAGACCUCAGUGGAACAGAAGGGGCAUUCUUGAAGAAUUCAUUCUUUUAAGCAGUUACCAUUGUAUUCCAAUAUUUCUUUAGAAGCUCAGGAAUUAUUAUUAUUAAUUACCAUCUGCCUCCUGGUCCUUCAUCUCAUCACAAACCAAUAUAACACUAGAACAUCACUCCCCGUUACAUGUCCCUACUACUUGGAAGUUCAUAUGAUUAGAUUUAUAUUUUUUAAAUCUGAUGUGUCCCUAUCUCGGUGCCUUGUGGGGACAUUGCACACAAGAAUAUAAACAUGUGUUUUCUGAAAUCAAAUGUUUUGUAGCUAGAAUAAAAGUCAUUUUUACAAGUAGAAUAUUCUUGGAAAGAAUUUAGCAGCCAAUAAGAGGAAAAGGUAAUGAAAAGAUUUCAAGGUUGGAAAUUCAACACUGUCCCCUGGAGCUGGUGGACAGGCUUGUGGCUGAUGAGUGUUCUGAUAGACGGCUUGACAUUCAGAUCUGACUUUGUGUCUCAAGAUAGGAUCCUCCAGGCCUUUUCCAGAGACUCACAAAAGCUAUUCUAGAAUGUUGUAAAUAUUAGGAAUGGCAGGAGGAUUUAUAUAAGAAAAGCAAGUCGAAGGUAUUUCUCUUUUUUUAAUGUAAAAAGAAAACAAAGGGCCCUAUUUCAUGCUAACAUUUUAUUUUUAAGUAUUUUAAUCUUAUAUUUUGCUAUUAAAAUGUGUCUAUUUUUUCAUUUUCAAGAUUAAAUUUCACUUAUAUUUUAAAAGCAUGGGUAACAUGUACAACAAACCAAUGACAAUGGCAGAUGCUUCUUUGUGUUUCCCUCUUCCCCUCAGCCUUAUCAAAUCACUCAUUGCUGCUUUAGUUACAAUCAGGAAAUGUAUUGAAACUAUAAACUCUACAGGAGUGCAUUAAGUUUAAACCAUUGUUUCAUUGUUUUAAAUGCAAAUUCUCUGAGGGUUACAUUCCUUCCUAAUUCUGGUCAAAUGAUGAAUUUCAAGAUCCAGAGAGAAAAGAGUGAAAAGGCUUAGGGUUUAUCAAAGGAAGCAGUCUCAUUUCUUCAAGAAAAAUUUAAUGGUGAGAAUAUAAUAGUAAACACAAA